AUUAUUUUUAUUAAAUUUAAAAAUGGCGGACGAUGCAUCCAGCAGUAGUGCCUGUGCCGGUAAUUCUGUUGAUAAUUCAAUAAAUCAAGAUGAAUUAAUUAUGAAACAGCAACGUGAAAUAGAAAAAGAGAUAUCGGAGACCAUUCCUCUCGUCGGAGAUCUCGAAGCGCUAUCGACUUUAGAAAAAGAAUACAAUGAAGACCCCAUUUAUUUGUUAAAAGUCAAAGAUCUAUCUGCCAAAUACAAAAACAUUAGGAGAACCAGGCCGGACGGCAAUUGCUUUUUCCGUGCCUUUUCGUAUGCUUAUUUGGAGCACCUCCUCACUGAUAAAAAUGAAUAUGAUAAAUUUUACGAAAUAGCCAAGAACUCAAAAGAAAUACUUGUUGCUUUAGGAUUUCCUCAGUUCACUGUUGAAGACUUUUAUGAGACGUUUAUGGAAGUCAUACAAAGAGUUGGUGAACAAGCGGGUGGGUCCCUGGAAGAGCUGGGAUCAAUUAGAGAGGAACUACACGAUAAGUUUAAUAAACAGGGUUAUUCAGACUAUAUAGUGGUGUACCUGAGACUCAUUACAUCAGGUCAGCUACAAACCCAGCAUGACUUCUAUCAAAACUUUAUUGAAGGAUCCCGCACUGUUACAGAGUUCUGUAGACAGGAAGUUGAACCAAUGUACAAGGAGUCAGACCACAUUCAUAUCAUAGCUCUGAGUAAUGCACUUAAUGUCGGCGUAAGGGUUCGCUAUAUGGACCGUGGGGAAGGCAGCCAGGUGAUUGCACACGACUUUCCCGAUGGAGCCAAGCCUCUUGUCCAUUUGCUGUACCGACCUGGCCACUACGAUAUUUUGUAUGCGUGAUUGUGUUGCGCAUUUAAUACAUAUUAAAGUUAAUUAUCUUACUCA